AUGGACAGCCCGCUACCGUUCGCUGGCUCUUCGAACUCUGCCAAGCGCCCGCUCGAACACCUCGCACGCACCGACUCGCUCUCCUCGCUCAACGCCCAUCUCCAGCACGAUCUCUCGCUCAAGUCGGGCUCAGCGACGCCGGUCUCGGGGGAAGGGUCACAGGGAUUCGAAGGAGUGCAGACGGCUGAGACGAGCGUGCAGGCGAGCCCGCGGGACGUGAUCGUGAUUGACGACGGCGAUGAGGUUCCCCUUGGUCGCGGGAAGAGGGUGAAGCGCGCGCACGUCCCGGACGACGUAGAGGUGCUGCACUUUUCGUCUCCUCCUGCCGACUCGAAGAAGCGCAAGGGCAAGGGAAAGGCCAAGGAGGCCGUUGUCAUCGCGGAGGGGCCUGGGUGGUUCUUCUCGAGUACGAAGGACCAGUUCGAGGCGCGCAUGGACAACUUCAUCCUCGCCAAUUCGAACCUCUUCCUUCCCUUGCUUCCGAAGGCAAAGAACAACUACGUCGCCUCGCUCCUCGCCUCCGUUUCGCCGCAGCCCAUCACGCCUUAUCGACCCGUUGCUCAGCCGACCGCCAUCGCAGACGGACAGCCCGUCCUCAAGGACUACCAGCUCGCCGGCUUGAGUUUCCUCGCCUACCUCGCCGAGAACGGCAUGAACGGCAUCCUCGCCGACGAGAUGGGUCUUGGCAAGACGCUCCAGACGCUCUCGCUCCUCGCCUACCUGAGUGAGCAGCACGGGCACAAAGGACCGCACCUCCUUGUCUGCCCUUUGUCGGUUCUUGGGUCGUGGAUGAGCGAGAUCGCGCGCUGGUUGCCGUCCUUCACUGCGAUCCGCUACCACGGACCGGCUGGCGAGCGUGAACGCCUCAAGUCGGAAGUCGCGGAGAAGGAGCCCGAUCUCCUCGUCACGACCUACGAGGCGUACACGGCAGAGGCGAUCUGGUUUAGGAAGAAGCGGUGGGCAGUCGUCGUGCUUGACGAAGGUCACCGCAUCAAGAACCACGCCUCGAAUGCCGCCGAAGCUCUCCAAAACAUUCCUUCCCGUAUGCGCCUUAUUCUCUCCGGCACGCCUCUCCAGAAUAACCUCGUCGAACUCUGGGCUCUCCUCCACUUCCUCUUCCCGAAAGUCUUCAACGACCACACACUCAAGCCGUUCCAGGACUCGUUCAACCUCUCGCAAGGACUCUACGACCAGGCGUUCCUCGCGAAGAGCCAAAAGCUGCUCGAGCUGAUCAUGCUCCGCCGAACGAAGGAGGGCGUCAAGGGGCAGCUGAGCGUGCCGCCGCGCGAGGAGUUGACUCUCUACGUUCCGCUCUCGCCCGUCCAACGCUUCUGGUACAUCCGCAUCCUGUCGCGCUCCGACACGAUGACCCUCGGCGAAGUCUUCGGCGACUCGACUACUUUCGACGCUGCCGCUGCCGAACUCGCCAAGCAGCAGGUCCUCACGGCGGAAGGGAAGAAGCGCGGACCGGCCGUCGCAAGGCUUGCGAGGCUGCAAAAGGCGCUCGAGCGUCGUCAGAGCGAGAGCGGCGCGAGUAGCGAGGCGGAUGCGGACGACGACGUGAUCAUCAUGGGCGACGAGGCGGAGGACGGAGCGAAGCAGGCGAUCGCUCGAGCGCAGUCAGCUCUUGAGGACGCAAAGAAGUCGGAGGCUGGAGGCGGGUCCUAUCAGAAGCUCAUGAACCUUCUCGUGCAGCUCAGGAAGUGCUGCGACCACCCCUACCUCCUGCCGAACAGCGAGCCCGACGGCGACCUCACGAUCGACGAGCACCUCGUCGCUGCCUCCGCCAAGCUCGUCGCGCUCGACAAGCUGCUCAAAGACGUCAUCCCGAAGGGCGAGCGAGUUCUGGUUUUCUCUGGCUACACCCGCAUGCUCGACAUCCUCGAGGACUUCUGCGCCUUGCGUUCGUACAAGUACGCGCGCCUCGACGGCAGCACCAGUCGUCCUCGCCGCGCCCUCGACAUCCGCCUCUUCCAGCAAGCCGCAUCGCCUUACCAGCUCUACCUCAUCUCGACUCGCGCCGGCGGUCUCGGCAUCAACCUGACAGCUGCCACGACCGUCGUCCUCUUCGACCAGGACUGGAAUCCGCAGGUGGACAUUCAGGCUAUCGCCCGCGCUCACCGUAUCGGCCAGACCAAGACGGUCAAGGUCUACCGCCUCGUCACGCAGGGUUCGGUCGAGGAGCAGGCCAUGACUCGUCUGCGCAAGAAGCUGUAUCUCUCGGCGAAGAUCAUGGACGGCAUGCGCAACGUUUCGGAUGCUCCGACUGACGAGGCGGUCAACGAGACGUCGCAGACGGAGGACGACGCGCCGAGGAUGACGCGCGGAGAACUCGCCGCCAUCCUGAAGGGCGGUACCGGUGCCCUCGCAGCCAAGUGGGACACAGCCUCGGGCGACGCCUUCGACGCCUUCCGCGUCGCAAGUUUCGACGAGCUGUGCGAGCGCGGUCGACGACGCGACGAGGACAAGGAGGUGUCGAUCAAGAUUGACCUUGGCGAGCAGGUCAGCGAGGAGGAGAUGGAGCGGCGACGAAAGGAGGAGGAGGACGCUGAGCGGGCGUUGCUGGAGGGUAAGGAGGCGGUGACGAGUCGCAAGUUUGAGGGCAAGCUGUAUGCUGCCUCGAACGAUGAGAUCCGAAAGGAGUGGCAGAACUUGCAGAAGCGGGAGCAUGUCUCGAGGACGGUCGUUAUUGGCGGACACUCGGUCGCGAGGGAGACACUCUCAAACGGCUCCUGGGAGGCGGUCAAGACGCUCACGUCUGAUCCGAAGGUCGCUGCGCAGUUGGGCGACGCGAAGCGGACGAAGCGCAAGUUCGAGCACCAGGACGCCUGCCUCACAUGCGGAGACGGAGGCGAGAUCUACCUCUGCUCGGGCUGCCCUCGCGCCUACCACGCCGGCGACUGCUCGGGGAUGUCGAAAAAGGACCUCAAGGCGGUUGUCCAAUACUACUGCCAGCAGCACACUUGCUCGGUCUGCCUCCGCAAUACGCAAGCUGCGGGCGGCCUUCUCUUCCGCUGCCAGACCUGCCCCGCCGCCUUCUGCGAAGACGAUCUCCCGACGACCGACCUCGAAGUCGUCGGCGAGGUGCUCCCCGAGUUCCUCCUCCUCGGCUACGGCAAGCGCAAGCAGGCGUACUGGAUCCACUGCCCGUCGUGCGUCGAGUACUGGGCCGAGUACCCCGAGGCACACGCUGCGUGGAGGAAGGAGCAGGAGAAGAUCGAGAAGAAGGCGCACGCCGAGGGUCACGUCUGGUGA